CGCCUCCACUCAAACUCUACACGACGCCGUUCUCCUUUCAUUUCUUUAUUCUCUCUCUCUGUACCUUCACCCCCUCCCUCCUCUUUACCCCGAUACUUUCUCUCUCUAAUAUCUCACUGCUUUCUCUGUCGAUAAAAGUUCCGCAGGUUUUAUUCUCUCUCUCUCUCUGCGUUCUGUACGCCGCACGUGUGAGUGUGCGAUGUUUUGUACUCGAAUUGCAUUUGUUGGAGAUUUGAAGAACCUCGUAAAUAAGGGUUUCUGUGGAAUUAGAGCGAUCUGUUUUUCGGUGGCUGAAUUGACGAUUCGAAGGGUUUCUUUUGCUGGGGCGAAUUGACGAUUUGGGGAAAUCAUAUAAACUUGUGGAACAUGAGUUGGGGGUUUUGAUGGAUGCUGUUAAUCUGGUGAAGAAUUGUAAUUGAAGGGUUGGAUGCUUGAAAUUGGGGAAUCGGAUGGUAUAAAAAUUGGGGAAAAUGCAAGGUACCGUAUCUUAUUAUGCAUGGGAGGUUUCAGCUUGACGAGGAUAGCUCUAGGAGUUUAAAGAGUAGUAGCAGUCAGCACAUGCGGUCAGUCCCUCCAUUGGCGACUGCUGAUAACUCUCUGGGUGAUAAUCAUUCUGCUAUUGCUUCUUCUAUCACAACCUCCACCACUGGCAAUUCGUUCUUCAAGGACGGUCGAAAGAUUAGUAUUGGCGACUGUGCUCUUUUCAAACCACUAAACAAUUCUCCACCCUUCAUUGGUUUGAUCCGUUGGUUGGCAUUUGACAAAGAGAAUAACCUGCAGCUGGGGGUAAACUGGCUUUAUCGAUCAUCUGAGCUGAAUCUUGGAAAAGGGCCUUUACCUGACAGUGUUCCAAACGAGAUAUUCUACUCCUUUUACAAAGACGAAACUCCGGCUGCAUCACUUCUCCAUCCUUGUAAAGUUGCUUUUCUUCCUAGAGGUGCAGAACUUCCUACCGGGAAAUCCUGUUUUGUUUGUCGACGUGCCUAUGACAUUGGGAAGAAGUGUUUAUGGUGGCUAACAGAUCAAGACUACAGUAAUGAGCAACAAGAAGAAGUAAAUAAGCUUUUAGACCAAACUAGAAAAGAGAUGCAUGUGACAUUACACCCUAGUGGUCGUUCUCCAAAGCAGACCACAACUCCCACUUCAACCUCCCAACUGAAACCAGCUUCUGAUAGUGGUCAAAAUAGUGGGACUUCUAUACCUUCUCAAAACAAGGGAAAGAAGAGGGAAAGAAUUGACCAUGGUGCAGAUCCUGUAAAACGAGAACGAUCCUCUAGGACUGAUGAAGGUGAUUCUGGUCAGUGUAAAAAAGAAAGUAAUUUAAGAUAUGAGAUUGCACGAAUAACAGAAAAUGGUGGAGUUGCGGAUGUGGAGGGGAUUGAGAAACUCGUUCAAUUGAUGCAAUCAGAUCGGAUGGACAAAAAAAUGGACUUGGCUAGUCGUGUCUUGUUCGCAAGUGCGAUGGCUUCCACUGAUAAGGCUGAUUGUCUCAGUCGGUUUGUGGAGCUAAGAGGUGUGACUGUAAUGGAUGAGUGGCUGCAAGAUAUUCAUAAAGGGAAGAUUCCCAAUGGUAACCUAAAGGAUGGUGAUAAAUCUGCAGAGGAGUUUCUUUUAAUUUUACUUCGUGCACUGGAUAAACUCCCAAUUAGUCUUCAUGCCCUUCAAUUGUGCAACAUAGGCAAAUCUGUGAAUCAUUUAAGAUCACAUAAAAAUACAGAAAUUCAGAGAAAGGCCCGAACCCUAGUCGACACAUGGAAGAAGCGCGUUGAAUCUGAAAUGAUAAGCAUUGAUACAAAGUCUGCAUGGUCUUCCAAAUCACAACUUCCAGAGGCUUCUCAUGGUGGAAGCAUCACUCCUAGUGGGUCUGAUGUUGCCGUGAAAAGUUCUAUCACAACAAACUCUGCUAUGAAACCUACUUCUGUGAAGUCUUCACAUGGGGAAACUGCAAAGUAUGUCUCGUCCCCUGUGCCUGUGAAGCAAGCUUCAUCUCUUGCAUCUGGAAAAGAGAACCAGUCAAGAAUUUCUGUCGGGGGUACUGCUGAUUCCCAUCAAAAUAGAGAGGACAGGAGUAGUAGUUCGAACCAGUCGCAUAAUUGUGGUCGAUCUUCCUCAUCCAAGGAAGAUGUAAGGAGUUGUGCUUCUGGUUCGGGGACGGUUAAUAAAGUGUCGUCUAGCACACGUAAUCGAAAAAUUAGCAGUUCUCCAGGAAGGUCGGCAUCUGGAAGCCAGAAAGAAACAAACUCUAACAAAAAUUCUUCUGCACGCAAAAGUACGGCUAUACAGAAGUUGACUCACUCGGCAUUCACUAGUGAAAGGGUUAUUGAUGGGCCUAUCAAUGAAGGAAGUAGUCAUAAGCUAAUAGUUAAGAUACCGAACAGGAUAAGAAGCCCCGCGCAAGGUGUCAAUGGUGGAUCUCUUGAAGUUCCUACGGUUAUGAGCAGUCGGGCUUCCUCUCCUGUGCUUAACCACAAGCAGAAUGAUGAUCCUUCAAAGGGAAAGAGUGAUUUACAUCAACGUAAUGCUGUUGCAGACGUGAAGACAAGUCAAGCCAGUGAUCAGAAAGACACUUUGACUGGAUCAGAAGGUGCUGGGGUGCCAGCAGUUCCUCUCAAUGAAGCGCAAAGCAUGAGAAUUGAAGACUCCAAGAGAACAAUUGAGGGCCCUCCCGCAACUUUAUCAAAGUUGGUGAAGUCACAUUCUUCUUUCAGUCCCAUGAAUGCUUUAGUUGAGAGCUGUGCUAAAUAUUCCGAAGAAACUUCUUCUCUGUCUCUUGAAGAUGAUCUUGGAAUGAACUUACUUGCUAGUGUGGCUGCUGGUGAGUUAUCCAGAUCUGAUGUGGUUUCUCCUACUAAUUCUUCGGAAAGAAGUAUGCCUAUUGCAGAUGAAGUAUGCAAUGGCGAUGUGGAAAUAUCUAAGUUUUCCAUUGAAGAUUCUGUUGCUUGUGAUGGCAAACAACAUGCUGGUUUAGAAGGUAGCUCCUGGUCAAAUGAUAGGUCACAUUUGUCCAAAAAUGCAUCACCUGAGUUUUUUGGGGACAGAAAGUGUUCGCCAUCAUAUUCUUCCAGAGAUGUACCAGCUGGAGAAGGCACAAAUGACUUUGGCAACUCGAGUACAGAUUUGACAAGCAAUGCUGAUCUUAAGUUGGAGGCUGAGGAGAAGCCAAAUAAAAAGACUGUCACUGUUCCCCUCUCCUUGGAGAAGGUGAGAGAUAGUGAAUCUGGUCAAGGAAAUCCUGAGGAAAAGGCCACUGCCAGCAAGGUGAUCUCUGAUCUUCCAAAAUGCAGAAGUGGUGGAACUGAUGUCAUGGUUACUGAGGAGAAAUGCGGUACUGGUCAUUUUACUACUAAUGAGUGUAAGCCAAUGGUUAAAGAUGAUGGGUUAGAUCCUUUGAUUCAAGGUGACCGCAUCAAAUUUGAGAAUGAAGGAUUGAGCAAGUGCAAUUUCCGGCAGAAAGUAACAGUGGAAAGUCUGAAGUCUGAACCUGGAGAUAGUAAUGAAAAGCUGUACCAAAUUGGAUGGGGCCAUAAAUCAGUUUCUGAACCUGGUGACACAGUAAAAGUCAGAGAACCAGAAGGCAUGAAUGCUAAGAGUUGCAGGAGCAAAUCUGAACAGCUGAACUAUGAUGAGGAUGUUGAUAUGAAUGCAGUCAGUGAGAGUCACAGUGCUGCUGUUGCCUGUUCGAUAUCACAUGAUCUGGACAAUAAUGUUGAAGAGGCCAAUGUAGAAAACCAGGUGACUGUGGAACAAAUUUCUCCUCAGAGAAGGUGUCCUAUUUCUGUGGACUUUGAAAGCCAGAAAGAAGUUGAGUUAGCUCAGUCUGGGUCUGCUACCACACAGCAAGAUGAGACAGACAAUUUUGCUUCUACUGGUGCUGGCGCUGCUUCUUUUACUGCUGAAGGUGAAGCAGUUCCAGGUGCAAAAAUGAAGUUUGACUUAAACGAAUUUAGUACUGAGGAUGUGAAAUGUGGGGAUUCUCUCAAUAAAUCAUCACCUACUUCGUCAACUGAUCAUAUUAACUCUAUAACGGAUGGAAACUCUCCAUCUGUUACUAUAGCAGCUGCUGCAAAAGGUCCAUUUGUUCCCCCAGAUAAUGUAUUGAAAAGUAAAGUGGAUCUUGGCUGGAAGGGAUCUGCUGCUACUAGUGCAUUUCGACCUGCUGAACCCAAAAGAUGUCUUGAAAUGCCUUUGGGUCUAUCUACUGUGUCUUUCUCUGAUUCCUUGACCAGUAAGCAUGGCCGUAUUUCACUGGAUUUUGAUCUGAAUGUACCGGAUGACAGGGUUCUCGAAGAAAUGGCUUCUAGUGGUUCCGCUUUGGCAGUUGGCUCAACAACUGAGUCAGCAAGCAAUUGUGUUCAUGAGGCAUCAGAUUCUUUGCCUGUUCGUGGUUCUUGCAGUCUGGGUUUUGAUUUGAACAGAGUUGAUGAAACGGAUGAUAUUGGGAUCUGCUCCACGAGCAGCACACGUGAUGGGAAGCCUUCUAUGUUGCAUGACAAACCAGUAGGUGGUUUUCAUGUUCAGAGGGAUUUUGAUCUCAACAAUGGACCGGUGGCUGAUGAUGCUGGUGUGGACCAGUUCAUGGGUAAUGAACUAGUCAAUGGUAGUAUAACAUCGCAGCUGCCUUCUGCAGGCGUUAGAGUGAACGGUCCAGUGCUGAGCAGUUUCUCAUCAUGGUUUCCUUCAGGUGGUACUUACUCUACAGUAACAGUCCCAUCAAUAUUACCUGAACGACUGGAACAUCCCUUUCCAAUGUUUCCACCUGGUGCACCCCAGCGAAUAUAUGGCUCCGCAGGUGUCAACCCAUUCCAUACUGAUAUGUACCGUGGGUCAGUGUUGUCAUCAUCACCUACAGUGCCUUUCGGGACUAAUUCUUUUCAAUACCCAGUCUUCCCCUUUGGAACUUCUUAUCCUCUCUCUUCAACUACUUUUUCAGUCGGAGCAACAUCAUAUGCUGAUUCUUCUUCUGGUGCAAGGCUUUUUGCUCCUCCAGUAAAUACACAAUAUCUGGGUCCCAUUGGCUCUUUUGCAUCCCAAUUUCAAAGGCCAUAUAUGGUCAGCCUUCCUGACAUUAGCAAUAAUGGUGGGCUGGAGAGCAACAGAAAGUGGGUUAGACAGGGUCUUGACCUUAAUGCAGGUCCUGGGGUCAUAGAAACUGAAGUCAGGAAUGAAAUAUUGCCUUUAUCAUCUGGUCAACAUUCUGUUGCCAGUUCACAGGCACUGCAGGAAGAGCAGGCCAGGAUGUUCACUAUCUCUGGUAGUAUUUUGAAGAGGAAGGAGCCUGAAGGGAGCUGGGAUGAAACCUUCAGAAAUAGGCAGCCCUCGUGGCAGUAGAUUGUAACAUGGAAUAUAUCAGUUGCCAAAAUGCUGUAUGUUUUUCUUAGUGCAGUGCGUAAUAAAUAAUAGCUGAUGUUUGGGAGAAGCUAAUUUGAAUUUUUGUAUGAUAUUAAUGUUUAAAUCUUCAGCAACACCUUUUUCAGUUUAUAAUAGUUGAGAUGGAAGUUGAUCUUCA